GCUGCUAACGCUGACGUCGCUCUCCUGCGGAACAAUGGCGGCGCUGACAGCAGACGUGCAGACGAACCGGUCCGGUUCUUUAUCAUCGCCCAAGAAGCGGACCGGAAAGAUGGGGAAUUUCGGGCUUUUGGACCGCGGGGUCGUGAAGCUGCUCGCUUUAGCCUCUCUGCUGCAUUGCGCUGCGGCCGACGGGAAGACGCUGGUUCUGCUGGACAACCUCAACAUCAGAGACACCCAUUCAAUCUUCUUCCGCAGUCUGGCAGAUCGCGGCUUCGACCUCACGUUCAAGACUGCCGAUGAUUCCUCUCUGUCACUCAUCAAAUAUGGCCAGUUCCUGUAUGACCAUUUGAUUCUUUUUUCGCCAUCAGUUGAAGACUUUGGAGGAAACAUAAAUGUGGAGACUAUUACAUCCUUCAUUGAUGGUGGAGGCAACGUCCUGGUUGCUGCCAGCUCAGACAUUGGCGACCCACUGAGAGAGCUGGGCAGUGAGUGUGGCAUUGAGUUCGAUGAGGAGAAGACUGCCGUCAUCGACCAUCACAACUAUGAUGUGUCUGAUCCCGGAGAGCACACCCUGAUUGUCGCUGACCCAGAGAACCUGAUGAAAGCUCCCACCAUUGUCGGCAAACCCACCAAUAAACCCGUUUUGUUUAAGGGUGUUGGAAUGGUUGCAGACCCAGACAACCCGCUUGUACUUGACAUCCUAACCGGCUCCUCUACUUCGUACUCCUUUUUCCCUGACCGACCCAUUUCUCAGUACCCCCAUGCUGUGGGCAAGAACACCCUGCUGAUUGCCGGCCUGCAGGCCAGGAACAACGCCAGGGUGGUUUUCAGCGGCUCUCUUGACUUCUUCAGUGAUGCCUUCUUCAACUCUGCUGUGCAGAAAGCCACUCCAGGCUCACAGAGGCACGAGCAGACGGGAAACUUGGAACUGGCCGAGGCUCUGUCUCGCUGGGUUUUUAAGGAGGCUGGAGUCCUCCGAGUGGGAGCCGUUACCCAUCAUCCCGUAGGAGAGACCACCCCCCCUGCAGCAUACACCAUCACUGACCUCGUGGAGUACAGCAUCGUGAUCGAGAUGCUGUCCGAGGGUCGCUGGGUUCCCUUCGACGGAGAUGACAUUCAGCUGGAGUUUGUGAGGAUCGAUCCCUUCGUCAGGACUUAUCUCAAGAAAAAUGGAGGUAAAUACAGUGUCCAGUUCAAACUCCCUGAUGUGUACGGAGUCUUCCAGUUCAAGGUGGACUACAACAGACUGGGAUACACACAUCUGUACUCCUCAACUCAGGUAUCCGUCCGCCCCCUGCAGCACACUCAGUACGAGCGCUUUAUCCCCUCAGCCUUCCCGUACUACGCCAGUGUCUUCUCCAUGAUGGGGGGCCUCUUUGUCUUCAGCGUAGUCUUUUUGCACAUGAAGGAGAAGGAGAAGUCAGACUAGAAACGCCAGCCAAGGAGAAACAAUAUGACAUUUAACUCGUGUUAAAAUUGAAUGUCUUUGUAUGCUCUGGGUUUUCAUGCAGGGACUUGGAACUGUUUCUGUUCUCGUACUUGGGCGUUAAAUUAAUUUGGGGGUCUGGGAGCCGAAAUGUCUGCUGACUGCAACACAACGCAGUUUCUUUUUGUACUUUGAAAUCACCCAAAGGCCCAUACAUGUUCUUGCGUCAGCAUUUGUAUAAAGCCGCUUUACAUUUGAUACAGUUUUCCCUCUAGAUGAGCAUUUGCUUUGGAACCGGAUGAAAUUUUCAGUUAAAAUACGACCCAAAUCUUGAUAAUCGGACAAGGAAAAAAGGUUAUUGUGGUAACUACAUGCACUGAAUAUGCCAACUGCUCCUUAUUUUUAUGAAAAACAUCUUUGUGUUUCCACACGUUGGAGUCAUCCUGACAAUAAAAUACUGACAUUCCACUCAGUAGA